AUGCAUUUAAACGCUAUUUUCGACCCCUGCAAACGCCUGUGGGGAAACAGCACCCGCUGAUGGAUCUUGAUAGGACAAUUCCGCACCUGCCACCACCUCCCAAACCACGACAGUCGAGAUUUCGCACCGACUCACGCCCACGCUGCACGAGGUGUAGUUUCGACCAGGGCUGUUACGCCACGACUUGAUCCUGCCUGCGAGAUGGUGACAGCGGCGAGGUCGGCGGCGGUCUCUGCCUCGGGACGUCGAGUCUUGUCCUCGGCACGACCACUGCGCCCGCUUUGCCAGAUCUGUGAGCGCCACGCAAACCAAACUUCUCACACGCUCCGAUCGAGACCAACAACAAGCAACACCGAGUUCCACACAAGUGCAACCGCCUCCGAUAGUCUGACACAGCCCUAUCCGAGAUUCUGGGCUUCGAAGAAAUGGAGGAGCCCUGCGGCAUCUGCCGGCAUACACUUCAGCAGGUCGAGUCUUGCAGAAUCGCCAGCAGCGGAACGGCCAACUUCCCCUACAGAUAGUGCGCCUGAGCGCGAGCUGUCAUCGAUGACAGACAUGAUGACAUACCUACGAAAUAGCACCGCGAAAGUGCUGAAGAGCAGUGGCGUGCCUUCCGAGAAGGAUGUUGCUGCCGCACUCCAGGCCUGCCGCGUUGUGGCCGACUUCAUUAUGGACGAGACAGUACAGCCUCAGAUAGCGCACAUGAUUGUAGAGAGCGACUCGGCUGCGUCGGGCCUAUUGUCCUUGGACCAAACAACGCCAGCAGCGCCGCCGAGACCGCAACGUAUGACAGCUGCCAAGGCCGGCUCUGGGAGGACGAACAUGCUCCCACCAACACCUGCGGAGGUUGCGCGUGAACAGAUCUCAGCACAGGUGCGGGAGAUGGUCGACAGGAUUUCGAACGCCGCAUACGCCGUCGUUGCACACGCCCCUGUGUUCAUCACGCCAAGCCUCCUGGAGGACUAUGUCGGUGUGCAAGCUCGCCUCGGCAAGCCAGAGACUCUGCCGAAUGUGUUUCACAUGUACGCGAGCAAGCCCAUGGCAUCUGAGAAUGGGUCAUCCAUCCAGUACACAGCGCAAGACCCUCACAGCAUCAAGAACGCCAUUGAGCCAAAGGUCAUCGACCAGGCUCUCGACGUCGCCAUUGCGGCCAAGAACCUUGACGCGGCUGUCGGCAUAGUCGAGAACGGAUAUGCUACCAAGGCCUAUGUCCGCGCAAAAAUUGCCCGCCAAGCGCUGCCGCCCGGAGCUGCCUUUGCUGCCACGCCAGUGGCCGCAUACGCUCUGGCAUCGAACUUGUCGGGGCUGCAGAGCGCCAUGGAUGCCGCGAGCGCGACGAACGUGGCAUUUGCUGGGAUCCUGGCGUAUGUCGGCUUCACGGCCUCGAUCGGCAUCGUGGCGCUGACCACAGCAAAUGACCAAAUGAAACGGGUCACAUGGACUCCUGGUGUGCCCUUGCGCAAGAGGUGGGCAAGGGAGGACCAGAGAGCCGCCAUGGACAAGAUUGCCUGUGCUUGGGGGUUUCAAGAGACAUGGCGUCAGGGUGAGGAAGAGGGCCCGCAAUGGAGGGCGCUUCAGCAGUUCCUGGGAACCAAGGGCAUGCUCCUAGAUCGCACAGAUCUGAUGGAGGGUUUCGACUAGAACGCGCCCGCCAACCUUGAACGAUGUCCGGGCUCACUCAGCAAGAUCCCGCGGUGACUCUUGGCGCCGGACGGACUCGGAUAAGAGAUCUGAUCGAAUCCACCGUGAUGGCCCGGCAGCCAGAGGCGCACCUGUAUCAACAAUUGUAGCGGCUUCAUGUGCAGCAAGCACAUGCAUGAUGAUUGUACUCAUAGAAUGGCGACCUCGCGAUAUGAUGCUGUGGCUUCUGGCCCAGUGGCAAGAAUCCAACGUCUAACACCUCGAGCUGCCAUGUCUCAACGUGUUGAAACCU